CAUACAUUUCCCGGCAUGCCGUUCGUUGUUACGCAGGUCACAUGACACAGCGUCUGUCAACAUGAGUGGGCACUGCUGGGCAGGGAAGCAGCUGGAUGAACGAGAGCGGUGACCUGCAAUUCCUUCUCCUACAUUUUUAAAUGCACGGACGAGCCAUCUUUACGUGCUUAAUAAUUGAGACAUAAUACUGCAGACACUUUUUAACGGUUAGGGGCAAUUUUGAGUUUUUUAAGCGCAGCAUUAACCUGAUCUACUGACGAGUUAGCUUGGGUGCUAGCUAGGUAAAUAGCAUCUCAGCCGCUGGAUCGCUUAACUGUGAACGUCCGACUGUCGGAAGAAUUUAACUUCUCACUGGUUUGCCUGCACUGUACAAGCUAUCUAAAUGAGUAGGAACACUGUUUUUUGGCUUUAGAGGAGCCUUCACAUUUUUAACUGGUAUAUUCAUUAUUAAUGUUAGCUUUCAGGUCGAGCCAGAGAUGUUUUUCUCCUGCACGGACCUUCUUAGCCAGAUAUUGAUUUUUUAAAUUCUACAGCCCGGCUUUAAAGUGUGCAGACGAGUCGGAUCAGCUGCGCAGCACGCUAAUAAAACUUCUUGUAACCCUCUUACACGAACACUUCACUUCUGUAUGGUAAAACAGAAAUGGCUGUGUGGAUGCCUGAAGCAGGAGAAUGAGUUCACGUUUGCAGGAGAGACGAUGCCUCCAUCCUUCACUGAAGACUGUCCAGCUUAACAUAUCGAUUAGCUGACCAAUAACUGCCGGGGAGGACUAGAGAAGAGCACAAGUCCGUGUGAGAACCCACGGCUAAAGGCGUUAUUAGUUUGUCUUGUUCUGCUUCUGUCCGAUGGCUGCUGUUAGCGGUGUCAACAUGCCGUCCCAGCUCGGAGACAUGACACUGGCGGGUCCAGGAGGAGCAGGACUGCCCGCUGUGCCCUUCACCAACACGUCGGCUUCUUCCAGCAAGACGCCAGAUACCGAUACCCGAGGGUGCGAGAAUGGCGCCUUGAUGGACUCAUUUGGGAUUUUCCUGCAAGGUCUCCUGGCUGUAAUGGCUUUCAGCACGCUAAUGUUGAAACGCUUCAGGGAGCCGAAACAUGAAAGGAGACCCUGGAAGAUCUGGUUCUUGGAUACCUCGAAACAGGCCAUCGGGAUGCUUUUCAUCCACUUUGCUAACGUCUACCUGUCGGACCUCACAGAGGAGGAUCCCUGCUCAUUAUACCUCAUUAACUUCCUGUUGGAUGCUUCUCUGGGCAUGCUGAUCAUCUAUGCUGGAGUGAGAGCAGUCAGUGCGAUUGUCGAGUGGAGGCAGUGGGAGUCUCUGCGUUUUGGAGAAUACGGAGAGCCAGUCCAGUGUGCGGCAUGGUUGGGCCAGUGUAUCCUCUACAUCCUCAUCAUGAUGUUUGAGAAGGUCCUUAUCAUGCUCGUCCUCCUCAUCCCACAGUGGAAGAAGCUGGCACUCCUCAACCCCAUACAGAAUCCUGACCUGGAACUGGCCAUCGUUAUGCUCAUCGUCCCGUUCUUCGUCAACGCCCUUAUGUUCUGGGUGGUAGAUAAUUUUCUAAUGAAGAAGCACAGGACAAAAGCAAAGCUAGAGGAGAGGGAGGAGGACGCACGGGGGAACAGCAAGGUGCGCUACAGACGAGCUAUGUCCCAUGAUGACUCAGAGUCGGAGAUCCUUUUCUCAGCAGAUGAUGAAAUGGACGAGUCUGAUGAGGACGACGUUCGUCGACUCACUGGCCUGAAGACAGUAAAGAAGAAGAAGCUUCGAAUGGGGAUCCCUCCAGGCGAGGUAAAGAAGAAGAAGCGUCCCCCAAUGAAGGAGGAGGACCUGAAAGGGGCCCGCAGUAAACUGGGACUGAAGGGCGAAGUCAAGAGUAAGACCUAUGAGGUCAUGGUGGAGUGUGAGCGUAUGGGCAAAACAGCUCCGUCUGUGUUCAGCGGAGUGAGGACGGGGGCAGAGACGGCCCUGAGCCAUCCUGCUCCUCCUAAAGCUCCUGGUGCCAGUGUGUUCAGCAAGUAGGCAAGCCAAAGAAAGAAGCAACACAGAAGUCUUGAUGUGUCUCAGUAAGAGCUGAAUCUGCAUAAUAUGGAUUACAAAAAUGUUUUUUAAGAAGUAAUGUGUAAUAGAGAUAAGUGAGCUAGUUUUGUAGCAGCACUGUGACAUCAGUGCUUUGUCAGUAGUUAGUGGGCUAAACAAAUUGCACUGUCAGUCAUAACUGAAUUAUGGUUUAUUUUAGGAUUAUGUGGCUGUUACAAUCCAAAUAAACCGAGACAAUUAUGUGUCUGUAUAGUCAAAGAUUAUUUAG